CUUAAGAACAAUAAAACUCUCUCUUCGGAAUCUGAAAAGCCAUAAUAAAUUAGCAGAGAAAAAAAAACAAAAUCUAAAGGAUCAGAAAUUUUUAAAUGAACAGAGUGAUUAGCCAGUUUUCCGGUAAGUUGAUGAAGGAGAGCGGCGGUGAUGCGACGGCUUUAAGAUCUUCCGUCAAAGAAUCAGUCUCGUCGCCGCAGAGUUCACUUUCGUCUUCGUCUUCGUCGUCGUCAUCGGUGAGAAGACUUAAUAAAGGCGAUCUUGAAUCGAGACGAUUUGGUUUAGCGGCGAGUGAGAAGCUGAGGCAGGCGGAGGAAUCUUUAAGGACUGUCAUGUUUCUGAGCUGUUGGGGUUCUUGUUAGAUCUGAUCUGAAACGUUUCUUAACUGUGUGUUUGUUAUGCUUUUGAGUUUGAACAUUUUGUGAAUAUUUUUUUUUUUUUUUGUAAUUAUCCUUUUUUGCCUACUUUGUGUACUUCUCUGUAAAGUCUCUGAUGUACAUAUUGAAGAGAAGCUAUGAAGAAAAUGGUUUGUUUAUCACAAAUCAAAACAUUUUCAUUAUA